AAAUCGAUACUGACCGGGGUAUAUAUUUGAUUGGUUUCUGGUUACAAAUCAGAAUGCAUGACUGUGUUAUCUACUUACCUGUAGCUGCCGGGAACCAUACAGAAAGCAUAUGUUAGGUUCAUCAGCACAGCUUGAUAGGUUGGUAAACAAGUGGCACUAUAUAGCAGGGUCUGAUAGAUUCUGCUUGAUCAGUAUAGAUAGAAGUGAUGCCUCGUGAAUCAAGUCGUGUCUGAUGCUACAGCAAGACCAGGAAUAUAAUAUUAUAAAAUUGAUACACUUUACAAUUAUUAUAGUCAGGCUGUGAGAUUUUUUAUAGCUAUUCACUAAUGGAAAUUGCUUUAUUGGUUUGGAUUGUAACGUGUACGUGAUUCGUGCCAAUUUUUUGUGUGGAAUAAAUACUCGUUGAAAAGAACGCUGAGGAACGCUGACAACCCGACAGCAGACACAUGGCAUAAUAUACAAUAAUUCUCCAAGAAAUUUCGAAAUGUUUAUUCAUUCAUUAUGAAAUUCAUUUUUUGCUUGUAUGAGUAAGAAAUAAGUGUACUUUAAAAAAACGUUUUCUUGAGAUAAAUUUGUCCACAUCGACACAGCACAAGAAACGCUUAAAACAAUGAAGUUGACACGGACUCUACAGGGCGCAGUUGUGUUCGCGCUUUUGUUUUUAGUAUAUAGUGACGACAGUGAUAAUAAACAGACAAAAAGACGGAAAUGUAGGUGCAAAAAAUUCAUCGAUAAACUGAACAAGGACAUAGACAAACGAUUUGAAGUGUUUGAGAACAUGUUUAAUCAAAUGUUAGCCCAUCAAAAUGAUAUUACCAACACCAAUACUACAGCUGCUGUUCAAAAUGACCAAGCUGGUCAAAAACUGACUAAUCUGUCUGUAGAUAUGAACACGUAUAAAAGCAAAUUACAAAGAGAGUGCCAGAGUUUAAGACAAUUACAAGAGAAUAUGUACUCACAAGAGAAAAAUGUUGAUAAUUUAAAUGCAAAUUUCAAAUCAUUAGAUUCAGUUGUUCGGAAUUUAACGGCGAUUGUUGAGAAGUUAGAAAAGACAGUCCGGAACAGCAUAGAGCUGAGGCCGUUGUCAUGGACACAGCAUCACAAUAAACAUCACAAAAAACAGAAAGUUGAAAAACAAGCCAAACCGGAAGUCUACCCGAAAGAUUGUGAUGAAGUUUAUCAGAGCGGAAGUAUGAAGUAUUUGGGCGACUAUUACAUCAUGGUCAAACCAGAUAAAGCUCCGGAACCAUUCAAAUGCGUCUGUAAAGUGAUAAACGGGUCAGGCUGGACAGUGAUACAAAGACGUGUUGAUGGUCGGGAAAAUUUCUCCCGAGACUGGGACGAUUAUAAAGAGGGAUUUGGAAACCUCCAGGAUGAGUUCUGGCUCGGAAAUCAGAAAAUACAUCAACUAACGUCACAAGGAAACUAUAAAAUAAGGAUAUCGAUGACGGAAUGGAGCGGGAAAAAGUAUUAUGCUGAAUACGACCGGUUCCAGGUAUCUAGCGAACUCGAUAAGUAUCGUCUGCACGUGAGCGGGUACGACGGGGACGCCGGGGAUUCCCUGACGCCAUAUUGGAGAUCCCAUGACGGAAUGCCGUUCAGUACAUUCGACCGUGACAAUGACAACAGGUUCUAUGACAACUGCGCAGAGCAUUAUGGGGGCGGAUGGUGGUACAAUGAUUGUUUCGAAAGCCAUUUGAACGGAAGAUAUUAUCAAAAUGGUUCUCAUAACAAUUACUUUGUCCGAAAUGGAAUACAGUGGAACUCGAUCCAUUCUUAUUCUUCACUUAAAUCCGUUGAAAUCAUGAUCAAGCCAUCAGACAAUGCAAAACGUCCAAAUGAAAUUUGAAAACAGAUCAAAAACAGAAAGAUCAUCAAUGUUCAAGUAAUCAGUAACAUCUUCCAUCAUACUGUUUCUUUCAAAAUAUUCAAGUGCAAUAGAUUUCAGCAAGUUAGAUAAUAUUGCAUUUAAUCAAAGUUCAUAAAUUUAGCCCCACUGGUAUAGUUGAGCUGGAUUUAGAAUCAAUUAUGUUUAACUUGUGUUGAUGGCUCACAUUUAGAUAUAUUUGAUGUGUUGCCAAGUUCAUCUGUUUAACAGAUACUUUGAGCAGGAGAAGAAAAGAAAACAAAGUUGUAAACUGGAACGGUAAUUAAGAGCCUGAACUUAAAAUGGUUUAGGACAAAAACCCUCAGAUAUUACACCGAUAAGAUAUUUUGUUGAAAAGUUACGUUGAAUUCUGCAUUUCUUUAUUUAUUAAACUCAUUCGAAUACAUAUGUUAAUAAUGUAUCAUUUGUAACACAAUCUUAUCUGAUGAUGAAUAUCAUUUCAUUUAGCACUUUUAUUGUAAAAUAUUGUAAAAUAAUAAUAAUUCUAUAGCAACAUUUUUUGACUUUAUGCACGUGAUUUUCGUGCAAGACAAAUAGACUCUCACCCUAGAGGGAGGAAAGUGGUUUGAAUGUGGUGAAAAUAAAACCACAAAUAGUUUCAUCAUACGGAUGAUGAGAAAGUCAGGCACGUGAAGAUGUUCGAGGUUUGUGAUAAUGUUCUAUAAAUAGACGGGACUCAAAUAUGGAGUUAAGGUUACAGUACGGGUAAUUCCCUUUCCUCCCUAACAUCAUUAUUUGUUUCAUUUACCAUUCAUUCUGUUACCAUCUUAAUUUGUGAAAUAUUUAAACAAAUUCAUUCAUCAUUUUUGCUACCAGUUCUUCUUGAAAUCCAUUUUUUCCUACUUAUUGUAGAUAUAUGUAUUUAUGUACAGAUGUGAUAUCACGAGGUUUCAUUUGACUCAUUAUUAUUUUGUCUAUUUCAAUUAUCAUUUCAUAAUGGCUGUUUUAUAAUCGAUGUCUGUCUUAUAAAGGACACACGGGACAAUAUUUACCAGUGAUCAUUCAAAUAUAAAAUCAAUAUGAUAUUAUGAUAAUACUGUUAACUAUUUAAAAUUCUAAUGAAUAUGAUAAUGUAAAUUUAGACACGUGGUUUAAGAGUUUGGCAAUAAAUUAAAUGAGAUACGUAUAAAAUAGAGACAUAAAACUAUAAAGAAUAAACAUACAGGAGAUAUUGAUGAUUUACUCAGUAAUUUUUACUUUGGAAAAUUCAAGAAAAAACACAUUAUGGUAAUCUGUAAAUUAAUGUAAAAUUAUCGUCGAAUUACUAUAAAAUUAUCAACUUUGUAUCCUGCAGAAUGCUCCACAAAUCAAGUGCAAAGAUGUUAAAACUGAUUAGAAAUCUUGCAGAGCAAUUUUAUGAUAAGAUGCAUGGAAGUUUAAUUGUUCAAUUAGCGAAUCUGUUUUUAUCCGUUAUCAUACCCACCUGUAUAACAACGUCUGUGGGAGACUGAUUUUUUUCAGAAAUGAGUAGUGAAAAGAAAAAAAACUAAACCUGCAUUUACUUGGAACUAUAAAUUUCUCAAUAACAGGGUUCAUUUGUAACAGUUUUUUUUCAGCUUGAAAUUUUAAGGUGUUUAUAACAAGAAAUAUUUUAAGAGGGACUUCAGGUGUUUCACCAUGUUGUAGACACGGUAUUUGAAUAUAAUUCAAACGAAACAUAAUUAUUGACAUUCUGGAAAGUUGGAAAGAGAUACGCCCUAAUUUUUUCUCUCUUUUUUUCAUCAUUGAUUUGUUUUUAUAGUUUUCUACUACACACAGUUAAUGUAAAAAACCGGAAUCAUGGAUUAACAGUAGAAUAUAUAUUUUAUAAUAAUAAUGUCACUCUACCUUGGUUAUACAAGGACGCUUGAUUAAAAAAAAAAAAUAACUGGUUCUUUACUAAAUGCAAAGUGAAGUUGUAUAGAUAAAUAUUUGCUUUUUGACCACUCAACAUAGCCAACAGGUAUGAGAUGUAAUUCAAAUAAUAUCUUUUAAAAAAAUACCUAUUUGUAGGCUAUAUUUAAGGGAACACAUUCACAGUUAAAGUUCUUUGAUUCACAUAGAGGGAGCUAUAUUUUGGCUUAAUAUGUUUCCGUCAAUCGCAACUACUCGGCCCUUUCCGUCAGUCUUCGGAUGAUAUUAGCCGGGGCAGGUCCGAAACGCCGGUCAGCGUCCGUAGACGCUUACUUUUAUACAAAGUGUUCAUCUUUCAUGCUUCUGAUCUAUCAUUUGAAAUAUUUAUUGUAAUGUAUAUAUUUUAUGCAAUUUCUGUGUAAGGUAUCGUGUAAUAAAAUGUAUAUGUGAUCAUUUUUUUCUAGUGCCAAUUUUCAAUAAAAAUGAUAUAAAUAAAGUUUUGUUAUUAACAA